UGUGUGUUUAUACUGUUGUUUGAGCAUAUCAUGUCUUGGUGAUGAUCGUGAACUCGAAUGCUUGAAAAGAGAGUAAAACGACACUAACUUAUACCUUAACAGUGGCUGCAUUGUGAUGACCAUUUUGCAGACACAAUUAUCAACAUAAUUGAAGUGGCGGGAAGAUGAAGAGGAAUAUAUACACACAUAUAUAUAUAUAUUUAUGUAGAGAGAAAGGAGAGAGAGACGAAAGACAUUGAAAAGUUACCUUACCGCACGAGCCAACACACCGCCACGAAUUGAGGGGUGAAUUUCAGCCUCGCCUGCUUGCCCAAUUGAUUUAGCUUCAUGUCUCAAAACCCCAGCUCAUCCCAGUUCCAGUAUUGGUUGGUUGAUUCGAGCCAGCGAGGACAAUACUGAUACAGUUCUUAGGUAUAUUUAUUUGAGAUACUGGCCUCACUCUUCAAUUUCAUACUUUGAAUUUCUUUAAGAUGUCCUCACAAAUAGAAAUCAUUUCUGCCUUUGUGGAAGGAGCCCCACCAGGAGAGGUAUGUUCUCCCCUUUGGUACGAACCCGACUUUAUUAACUAACAUUCCUGGAAAGCUUGCAGAUGUCAUUGCCGGUACGGAACUCUCGAAUGCUUUUCUUCUUUGCAAAAGAUUCAACAUAAUACUAAAUACGGGAAUUCCUAGAUAUCAAGGCUUUAACCAUCGACACACCACAUCUGGUCUCGGAACUCGGUCCUGCGUUCGAGAGAUAUAAUGAGGAACAGUUUACUACAGUCAAACUCCCUGGUAGCAGUCAAAAUGUUGGUUACAAUGGCAGAUUAGCACCAUAUGAAGGAUCGCUGACGGGUUUACGAAGGUUAUAAUCAGUUCACAUAACUCUUUGGGAGACGGAAGAUAUUAUGAUGUCGAGAGUUCCUCCAGUUUUGCUUUCGACCAUACCAACCAGGUAUAUAUUCUGUUUAUUCCAUCUGCUGGAUUCGGACUGACAAUUGGCUAUAGAAAGCGAGUGCUGUGCAAAGCCAUAUCUUAGAAGGCAGUCAAGCAGACCUUGUGUAAGUGCUCUGAAGGUAGUAUGAUUUAUGUUCUAACACAAAAUAGCAAGUCAAUCCUAAAGAGCUUGGGUCCGCAUGUAGCAGAACAUUUUCCAAAUGCAUCGUAUGGCGCUUUUCCUAUCGAAAAUGAUUCGAAAGUUGCGAUACUUGUUGUUGCCAACAAAUACAGUCCAAACAACUUCUGGUACACAUAUCUGCAUCACACUCAUGAAUAUGUUUGAUAUCUAACAUCAAGAAGGAACGGCCGCUGGCGAUCGUUGUAUAUCUAUGAUACUUUAUCCUCCUCUCUCACUGGCAGCAUCAAAGUCGAUGUUCACUACUACGAAGAUGGCAAUGUUCGACUUCUAACUACUAAGCCCAUCUCAGCAACCUCAUUGUCAUCAGCCAGCAGUAUCGUUCGAGAAAUCGCCGCCGCGGAAAAGAAUUACCAGGAAGAGAUCAAUAAAGGAUUCAAUAAUUUGAGUGAGGGUGCAUUCAAGGGGUUACGAAGACAAUUGCCCAUUACAAGACAGAAGAUUGAAUGGGACAAGAUUGCGGGGUAUAGAUUGGGACAGGAUAUUGGUGGUGGAAGUUCGAGACGAUAGAUAUGAUUAGGAGGGAGAUAAAGAAGCCAGGUUGCGGUCAACUGAAUAUGGUCUGAUUGUUGAGAAGAGCAUGAGAUGAAAAUUUUAAAUGGAAAUUUCCUGGUUGGGACAUGAGGCUGUAGAAAAGGAUUUGUGUUGGUCUCAGUACAUUACGGAUUCACGACCUAGCGGACUCCACCAUCCAUAAGGAUACCACCUAAACAGCUGUGAGGAUCAGACAAAUCAAUACAUAUAUCUAAAACUGUAUUCAAAGUUUAACACUGCACUCGAAGUUGCGUGGAUUUUAUGGCUUAAAUUUUAUUUCCGAAUUUCCGAAAUCCCUAAAAUAAUCAAAGUGUUGCCAAGGGUUCAUCUUUAUCAAAAUAUAUAUUGUACCCAGUUAGAAGUACGCGGUAUUUCGGUAUAUUUCCAAAAUCCAGUAUGCUUAUGACAAAAUUAACCCAAAGAGGA